UCGUGAAUGAGCAAGCAAUACUGCUCGUGAAUGAGCAAGCAAUGCUGCCCGUGAAUAAGCAAAGCAAUCCUGCUCGUAAACGAUGCCUCGCCGUGGAGCGGUUCAGCCGGAUAAUUAUCGAGUUUGGCGGCCGCGCAGAAGCAAAGCGGCCCGUGCGCUGUCGCAGCAUCCUUCUCAGCCAGCUCUGUCGACAACCAUCCACGACAUUCCCCUCAUCUAGCCAGUCUACGUGAGAGCUCCACAGUCAGCAUGCAGGCUCUCCGACAACCGAUGCGCGCGGCGCUCAGCAAGGCGGCGACGCGAUCGUACGCCACGGGCUCGUCGCAGUACGCGGAGACGAUCAAGAACCUCCGUAUCAACGGCGACACCAAGGUGCUGUUCCAGGGCUUCACCGGAAAGCAGGGAACCUUCCACGCGCAGCAGGCGAUCGAGUACGGCACCAAGGUCGUCGGCGGCACCAACCCCAAGAAGGCCGGCCAGGAGCACCUCGGGCUCCCCGUCUUCGCCAACGUCGAGCAGGGCAUCAAGGAGACCGGCGCUACCGCGACGGCCAUCUUCGUCCCUCCCCCCGUCGCUGCCGCCGGUAUCGAGGAGGCCAUCAAGGCGGAGAUCCCUCUGAUUGUGACCAUCACUGAGGGCAUCCCCCAGCACGACAUGGUCCGCAUCACCGACAUGCUCAAGACCCAGAACAAGUCCCGCAUGGUGGGCCCCAACUGCCCCGGCAUCAUCGCUCCCGGCCAAUGCAAGAUUGGCAUCAUGCCUGGCUUCAUCCACAAGCGCGGUCGCGUCGGCAUCGUCUCCCGCUCUGGAACGCUCACCUACGAGGCCGUCAACCAGACCACUCAGGCCGGCCUCGGCCAGUCGCUCGUUGUCGGUAUCGGCGGUGACCCCUUUUCUGGCACCAACUUCAUCGACUGCCUGAAGGUCUUCCUCGAGGACGCCGAGACAGACGGCAUCAUCAUGAUUGGCGAGAUUGGAGGAACCGCCGAGGAGGACGCCGCCGACUUCCUCAAGCAGUACAACACGGCCAACAAGCCCGUUGUCAGCUUCAUCGCCGGUAUCUCCGCGCCGCCCGGCAGGAGAAUGGGCCACGCGGGCGCCAUUGUCAGCGGAGGAAAGGGCGACGCCAACUCCAAGAUCACCGCUCUGGAGGCUGCCGGCGUCAUUGUCGAGCGCUCGCCCGCGUCGCUCGGCAGUUCUCUGUACGACCAGUUCAUCAAGCGCGACUUGAUAUGAGCGCCAAGUAUCGUUGUAUCGUUGCACCGAGGGUGAUUGCGGAACGAGAGUUGGGUUGAUCUGUUCACGUUCAAGCGCAUACAGUUAGGGCAGAUUGUUGCUGCACGGGAUGUUGUCCCGUAUUGUACAUUUAGUCAUUCAAUCGUGACGUCUGCAGACGCGCCUCUCCU